GAGAGGCGUCUCCAUAUGUACGUGGUGUAUUGUCAGAACAAACCCAAGUCAGAGCACAUCGUCUCUGAGUACAUCGAGACUUACUUUGAGGUGAGUAUCUCUUAGUCCAUCAUCGAUCUCUGUUAUCUAACUGUAACUCUCAUUUGAAAAAGCAAUUACAUUUCUGCAGACUCCCUUGUGGUAAUGUUAUUUCCUAUUGAUGUGAUUGUGGGAAUGUCAGGUUUGGUCACGUUGAUUGGUGGUUGUAGGAAUGUAAUUUUAUGUCACAUUGAUAGGCUAUGGGAAUAAUGCUAUGCCUUGUUGAUAUAUGGUUAGGUGAAGGUAAUAUUAUGUCAUAUUGAUGGGUGGUAGUGGUAAUGUGUCUGUAUGUCACAUUAAGUCAUAGUGAUGAUACAGUAUAUGGCUGAAGUAAUGCCUCUGUGUGUAUCUCAAUCCCGUGUCCUGGAUUUGAACCGGUGCUAUGGUCAGAUGACAUGAAAAUAGAGCUCUUUGGCUACCACACCAGUGGUGGGUUGAAAAACAGAAGCAUACGCAGAAAAGUACCUCACACCUACGGUAAAAAAUGGUGGUGGUUCUUUGAUGUUAUGGGGCUAUUUUGCUUCCACUGGUCCUGGUCAACGGCAUCAUGAACUUUACCCAGUCCCAGGACCCUUUAGCCAAAACCUGAUUGCCUUUGCCAGGAAGCUGAAACUUGGCCACAAGUGGAGCUUCCAGCAAGACAAUAACCCCAAGCACACAUAAAAAUCCACAAAGAAAUGGUUAAUUGAUCACAAAAUCAACAUUUUGCAAUGACCAUCUCAGUCUCCGGGUUUGAGCCCCAUUGAAAACCUGUGGUUUGAAUUGAAGAGGGCAGUCCAUAAGCGCAGACGAAGGAUAUCAAGGAUCUGGAAAGAUUCUGUAUGGAGGAAUGGUCUAAGAUCCCUCCCAAUGUGUAAAACAUUUUAGAAAAAGGCUCAGUGUCGUUAUCCUUGCAAGGUGAGGUAUUGAAAUGUAUUGGAAACAGGGGUGCCAAUACUUUUGACCCCUAUCUUUUUGAGCAAAAAAUGUAUUACUUGUUAAACAAAAUAUCCUUGUUUUUUUCAAUUGUAUCAGUACAAAAGAAUAUUCUAUAAAUUUCAAUUUUGUUUUGCAUACAAUAUAGCUAAAUAUUUGUUUUAUUUAUAUUAGACAGUCUUUUUUGCUAAUCUUUAUCAAGGGUGCCAAUAAUUUUGGACCUGAGUGUAUAUGGUCAUGGGAAUGACUGUAUGUGUUGGCCCUAUCAGGAGCUGAGGCAACAUCUGGGUCACAGGCUACAGCUGAACGACCUGCUGAUCAAACCAGUCCAGAGGAUCAUGAAGUACCAGCUGCUGCUCAAGGUGACACACACAAACACACACGCACGCACGCACGCACACACACCACACACAGACAGAAACGGAAACCUGCACUACGAUAAGGUCUAAUUCAAUGUGGAAAUGUACAUAAAAGAUGAGUGGCUAUUUGAACAAGGUCAUAAACAUCUACCUAGUGCCAACCUUGUGCCUGUUGUACCUCUGGUAUUCAAACUAAUAAAGCAUCUUCCAGAUAUCUUCACCUUACAAAAGAUUGACUAGUAAACUUGGAAUGCUCCUGACUCCAUGCUGUGUUUAUGUGAACAGGACUUCCUCAAGUAUUACACCAAAGCUGGGAUAGACACAGAAGAGCUGGAGGUGGGUGUUCUUCUGAUACAGCUCAUGCUGUUAUUACCCUGUAUCUACCAUUCAUCUACUAUAUAGGUUAUCUAGGAAUAGGUGACUAGAGCAAGUGUGAGGCUGUACGCGGUCUCUGUGUUAUUUUGUUGAGUUGAAGGGUUCUCUCUAGUCAACCAACCUGUAUUCAGGAUUUGGUUGCUUUAAGGAACUCUCAUUCUCUCUCUCUCCUUCACCAUCACAGAAAGCGGUAGAGGUGAUGUGCUUUGUGCCCAAACGCUGCAAUGACAUGAUGAACGUGGGACGUCUGCAGGGCUUCGAGGUAAGGCACUGCACUUAGGUCUCUCUCUUUCAAAUACUCCACAUUCACAGUUCUCACACAAGUCAUCCAUUGUACUGUAAGCCGGUGUUUCCCAAACCUCUCCUCGAGGAACCCCAGGCCCAGCCAGUCGAUUUAUUUGAUGUAUUCCAGAACUAGCAGUGUUGGUUCAACUAAUGAAGGGCUUAGUGAUUAGGUGACAAUUUGAAUCAGGUCUGCUAGUUUUGGAAAACAUCGACUAAGUGGACUGGCUGGGUGCUCAAGGAGAGGUUUGCAAAACACUGCUGCAAGCCAUAAGUAAGCCAUGUAAUAAACCCCUAUUCUCUUUUCACCCUGUGUCUCUUCCCUCCAUCUCUCCCUCCAUCUGUCUCUUUCCUCUCCAGGGUAAGAUCACGGCACAGGGGAAGCUGCUCCAGCAAGACACUUUCACGGUGGCGGAACAGGACAGCAGCUUCCUGUCCCGAGCCAAGGAGAGGCGGGUCUUCCUGUUUGAACAGCUGGUCAUCUUCAGCGAGCCAAUCGACAGGAAGAAAGGAUUCUCACUUCCUGGUUACACCUUCAAGAGCAGCAUCAAGGUAGGUCUCUCUUCUUUUCUGAUUUUUUCUCUUCUCUUCUGUAAUUUCAGAUUAGAUUGAAUGCAGAAAUGUUAUAGGCUUUUUACCAUAAGGAAUCUAAAUACAUUUGACUGUUACAUAACUUAUUUCAGUCCCAGAUAAUGAAUUGCAUAACCGAUGUCAACAAACAUAAUGUUUGUCCAAAUCGAACGUUGUGUACAAGUUAUUGAGUGUUCUUGGAAGCCUUAAAAGCAUCUGUGUCUGUUCUGUUGGUGAGGUAUUUAACGACCCACACUCCAGCAUGUCUUCCUCCUUCCACCAGAUGGUAGUCAGAUGUGAUCUGUUCCAGGUGGAUGGAACGUUACAGAAACGUUCAUUUGGACAAGCUUGUUGAGUAAAAUGACAAAUUAAUGUAUGCUCAAAGCAACCCAAAACCACAUCCAUCAUUAUCGUUUUCCCAGCAUGCUGUCUUGCAGGUUGUUUUCAGAAUUGUUUGUUUCAAUACCUGUGUUUUUGCAUGGCUACAGUAAUGAAAAGCAUUGAAUACAACAACCAUGUCUCUGUCGCUAACAAAUACAGUCAUGGGUGGUAACUACAAUUCACUCGAAAGGCAAGGCCCUCUGGGAAAUAUGCAAAUAAGGUAGAAUAAAUUCUCAAGUUAAAUUGCAUGUUUACUCAACCUAAAAUUCAAAGUUGAGUGAACAUACAAGUCAACUUGAGAGUUUAUGUUGGUUCAGCUACACUCUUAGAAAAAAAGGGUGCUAUCUAGAACUAAAAAGGGUUCAUCGGCCGUCCUCAUAAGAGAACCCUUUGAAUAACCCCUUUUGGUUCCAGGUAGAACCUUUUGGUUCCAGGUAGAACCCUUUUGGGUUCCAUGUAGAACCCUUUCCACAGAGGGUUCUACAUGGAACCCAAGAGUUCUACCUGGAACCAAAAAGGGUUCUCCUAUGGGGACAGUCGCAGAACCCUUUUGGAACCCUUUUUUCCAAGAGUGUAUAUGCCCACAUUCUUAUUGCAGCUGGUUGCCUUAAAAUUGUACGUUGAAUCAACAUCUUCUUCUUUUUUACAGUGCAGGGUUGCUUUUCUAAAAUGUGUAGGUUUCCCAGAAGUCCUGGUUGGAGAAUUCAGAAUUGCCUGCUUAUUCCGUUCUCAUUCUGGGAAUCUUACAACCGGCAUUUAUGGAAAAUUGUGACAUUUUGGGAAAGUUGCAACCCGGAAUUAUGCAACCCUACUGAAUACACCUGUGCUGUGUUCCAGGUGAGCAGUCUGGGGGUGGAGGCUCCGGUGGAGGGGGAGGCGGGCCGUUUGGUGCUGACCUCACGGGGGGCUGAUGGGAGUGUGGUGAGAUAUGUGCUGCAGGCUGCCUCCCCAGAGGUCUGCAGGGCCUGGGUCAACGAUGUGGGACAGAUCCUGGAGACCCAGAGGAACUUCCUCAACGGUAGGAUGGAAGAUAUACUGAUAGAAAAACACAAACGCUUUACUUUCAGGAUUCAUAUUUAACCCCAUGCUGCCAACUUCCUCAAUGGUAGGACAGGAGACACAGACAGACAAAACCUACACAGUAAACACCCACUUACCUUUACUCAUGUCUGGCCUUUCCCACUGUUUCCCGGACGCCGAAGACGUGGAUGUCGAUUAAGGCAGCCCUCCGCACCUCUCUGAUUCAGAGGUUGGGUUAAAUGCGGAAGAUACAUUUCAGUUGAAUGCAUUCAGUUGUACUAGGUAUCCCCCUUUACCUUUCCAUUCCCUUUCAACUUCCUCAACGGUACAAUUGGAGACAUACUGAUGGCAAAACACAACAUCCAGGAAUCUUUACUAGUCACACGUCUUACGUUUGGCCUAAUGCAAUGUGAGCACUGAGCAGUAAUGUUAUCCAAAAAUCAGUUCAGUACCAAGUCGACUUACACAAACAAUAAAACUACAAAGACAAAUGCAAAAUAUUUUGACAGACAUUGGGUUUCAAAAUGAAAUGUUGCCUGGUCUAAAUCCUCUCUCUCUGUCUUGUACCAUUCAUUCAUCCAGCCCUCCAGUCUCCCAUCGAGUACCAGCGGAGGGAGAGUACCAACAAGUCCAACAGCCUGGGCCGGAGCAUGAGAGCCCCCCUGUCUGCGGCCCCCGGCCCCCUGCGCCCCCACUCCUCAGCCUCCAUCGACCGCCAGCGCCUGCCCUGGCUCCGGUCCUACAACACCUCCCUCCCCACCCUCUACCUGCCCAGCCAGGGGGGUCAGGGAACGGGCCUCCAGGGCUCCGCUGAGACACACACACCCCAGGAGGUAAAGUCAUACUGUAUAUACACAUAGACUACACACACACACACAUACUGCCGGAGGUAAGGGGCCCAGUCACACACACCUCAGUGACCUGCAGCAGCCAGGGGCCAAACACUGUGCUUCUGUUUGACCACAAACAACGAGACACUGCCGUCCCCGUUUAGCUCGCUGGACUGGAAUGGGCUCCAGCCAAGCCUGACCGAGUGUACACAUCCACCCCUUAGGCUACAUUAGACCACAACAUCCACUCUAUAGACCACAUGUCUGGAUCAGGAAUCCUUCAAUUAAAUCUGAAAUAAUCUGAGAUCUCAUGAGAAACUUUUUUCAUGCAACAAUAAAGAAAAACAAUAAUCUGUUGACUAUCAGCUCUCAGUAUCUAAUGUUUAGUUGUGUUGUGUCUGUGUGUUUGCAGUCUCCUCUGGUCAGUAGGAACAACCAGACAACAGUCUUGCCAUCUCACGUCCAGCUGGCUUUCACUGACCAGUCUGGUCUGUCUCACUACUCCCAGACCCAGACCCCACUGCAGUGCCAAGAAGUGUCCAAUGGGCUGCAUAACACACAGGUAUAUGCACGUACAUGCACAAACACUCACACUCAUGUGCACACAGCACACAGCACAGAAAUAAACACAUGCAAGGAUACACAACUUUUCUUAGAAACCUAUUCCCCUUCUCCAUUAUGGGAAAGCAUGCAUGCUGAAAUAUAAUUACAUGAUUUACAUAUCAGUACAUUUCAAUCUGCUCUCUAGGUUUAUUGUAUGAUUUAUAGACAUGAUUUAUCACCCAUGUUAACAAUAUGAAUAUGAAAACAAACCAGGAGAAACUGCUGGGGGACCAGCCAUCCAGACAGCAAAUGAAUCUGUGGGUUUGCACAACCAAAGAAUUUCUGCACAAACGGUCAGAAACCGUCUGAAUCCCGGUUUCAACUGUACCGAGCAGAUGUCAGACAGUGUGUAUGAUGUCAUGUGGGCGAGCGGUUUGCUGAUGUCAAUGUUGUGAACAGAGUACCCCAGCCCCAUGGUGUCAGUGGGGUUAUGGUAUACGCAGGCAUAAGCUACGGACAACGAACACAAUUGCAUUUUAUCGAUGGCAAUUUGAGUGCCCCAGCCCCAUGGUGUCAGUGGGGUUAUGGUAUACGCAGGCAUAAGCUACGGACAACGAACACAAUUGCAUUUUAUCGAUGGCAAUUUGAAUGCACAGAGAUACCGUGACGAGAUCCUGAGGCCCGUCGUCGUGCCAUUGUUCUGCCGUCAUCACCAAUAAUGCAUGGCCCCGUGUCGCAAGGACCUUUUUGUUCAGUGCAGUAGCUCAUUUGCAAAACAUCUUUAUUCGUUAACAUUUUGCCUAAAUUCCCCUAAAAAAAUAUCUUCUGACAUCUGAGAUUUCUCCCCGAGUUAUACACAAUGGCUAUAGUGAGGCAUAUGCCUCUCUUCUGACAAACAACAGUGAAUUGGUACUAGCUAUUUAGGCUAUAUUUCAUUGAAUCUAUCUAUGAAGUUGUAAACAUAUUUGAAUCUGUGUCUCCUCCUCUCCCCCAGCAGACAGCAGGAGAGGGCUGCAGUACCAGGGGCCUGCCUGGUGAGGCUGGACCUCCUCCUGUAUCUGUCUCUGGUCCAUUGGCUGGCAAGCGCUCCAGCAACCUGGCCCAGCUCAAUGAAGAUGACCUAUGA